ACCAGGAAACAGAGGAAUGCCUUCUUACUUCAGACAAACUGCUUACUUUGUCAUACAUAUAGUGCUUAUUACUUAAAUGGAACAGAACUUUAACUACUGGCUUUUAGGAUUUCAGAAACACUUUUUUCCCCAGAGAUAUACAAGAGGAUAAUGGAUUUAAACAUCCCCGAACUGAGUGAUGACUAUAAUUACAGCCAUUAUUAUGACUAUGGAGAUGAACCAUUGGACAGCUUUGGACUUUGUGAAAAGGCACACGUCAAAGUAUUUGGAAGAAUUUUUCUACCCGUCUCUUACAUUAUCAUUUGCACCCUCAGCAUUAUAGUAAAUAUACUUUUUAUUUCAACUUUAAUCAAAUCCAAACAUCAUAGAAAAACAUUUCCUAUGAAUAUGGCAAUUUCUGAUAUGUUGUUUGCAUUAACACUCCCUUUUUGGGCAGUGUAUGCCCACAAUGAAUGGAUAUUUGGCAAUGAUUCCUGCAAGACAGUUACUGCGAUUUACAUCACUACUUUGUACAGCAGUAUCCUGUUCAUCACUUGUAUAAGUGUGGAUAGGUAUUUAGGUGUAGUAUGGACUCUUUCCAGCUGGAACCACUGUACACCUAUGGAAAACACCUUAGUGAGCUUUGUGGUGUGGAGCCUCUCCAUCUUAGCAGCAGCUCCACAUUGGACCUUCGUUCAGGAACAAGAGUUUCACGGCCAGAAGAUUUGCAUGUACCCUUUUGGAGAGGAAAAUCACUUGCCUCUGUGGAAGAUUCUCAUGAAGUUUCAGCUGAACGUCUUUGGGUUUCUCACACCUUUUCUGAUCAUGCUCUUCUGCUACCUGCGAGUCUGCUGUGCUGUAGCGAAGGUUAAAGUGGGACCGAGACGAAAGAGUCUGAAAUUGGUCAUGAUAGUUGUUGUGGUAUUUUUUGUGUUAUGGUUCCCGUACAACACUGUGUCCUUUUUACACUCCUUGCAACACUUGCAUGUGAUUUCUAAUUGUGCCACAAGCCUACAUCUGGAUUUCGCCAUUCAGGUUACAGAGGUCAUUGCCUAUAGCCAUGGUUUUGUAAAUCCCAUUGUGUAUGCCUUUGUCAACAAGAGGGUUUGGAAGGGCUUUGCUACAAUGUGUGGGGGGAAAUGCAGAAGAAGAACCAGUGAUGAAUAUGUGCUGGAGUGCUCCGAUAGCACAAAGUCCAUGUCAGUUCAGAGUGGAGUGAUAGAGUUACAAGCAGUUCAGAGCUACCUAGAGAAUAAUACUCAACCAACAAACACAGAGCGGAGAUAAUCCUCCAUAAGAUUUGAAAUGGCUUUGCACAAAUAACUGUUUACAUUAUAACAUGUUAACUAUACCUGGGAAGUUAAGUGGAUUAUUUACAAUCAAUCUUUAUUUACAGUGUGUUUGUGUCCUUCUAUUCCUUGUUUUCAUAUACAGUAUAUCAUUGUACAAAUAGGGGGGGGGCUAUAUUGGCAAAAUACAUGACAAUAAAGAUGUUUAAUAGUUGAGCAGUUGUUUUGCUAUCACACAGUGUACUGAAUAAAAUAAAGUCACUCAGCAUAUGUGUGACACCAGUUAAA